CACUCAGGUUCAUGUCUCAGAUCAGUUACUUGGAUCUCACUAAAACAAUGUUUUGAGCAGCCGGUAUUCUAAUACUCUUUGGUCAUGGCAGUGGACACUGUAAAACUAUACACUAAGGGGUCCCGUGUCUGGUUGGGUGAUAAGGAGGAGGUAUGGAAGGGAGGGGUGGUCGUUUCUUAUGCUCCUGGUGAGAACAUCGUGGUGUCCGACCCUGAAACUGGCAAGGAGCUACACAUCGUGUUGAAGGAGGGUAAGAGCAUGAUGCCGCCCCUCAGGAACCCAGAUAUCCUGACAAUGGAGAACAACCUGACUACAAUGUCUUACCUCCACGAGCCUGCCGUCCUGCAUUCUCUUUAUCAGAGAUUUACUAUCAGCAAUAAUAUCUACACUUAUUGUGGAAUUGUGCUGGUAGCAGUUAACCCUUACUGCGAUGUGCAACUUUACGGUAACGAGAUGAUAUGGGCCUACAAGGGCCAACAGAUCGGGCAGCUAGAUCCUCAUAUCUACGCUAUCAGUGAGGACGCAUACAGUGAGAUGAAAACGAUGGGACGGAACCAGAGUAUUAUAGUGUCCGGAGAGAGUGGAGCAGGUAAAACUGUGAGUGCUAAGUACGCAAUGAGAUACUUUGCUACAGUGGCUGGUAACGAGAAGGAGACUGCUAUUGAAAGGAGGAUAUUAUCUACUAAUCCUAUUAUGGAGGCGUUAGGCAAUGCUAAGACCAUUAGGAACGAUAAUUCCUCGAGAUUUGGAAAGUACGUGGAACUUGAGUUUGACAAGCAGACCAAUAUAUCUGGAGCUCACAUCUGUACUUAUCUUUUGGAGAAAAGCAGGGUUGUUUUUCAGGCAAAUAACGAGCGAAACUACCACAUAUUCUACCAGCUGUGUGCUGUACGAGAUAUCCCUGAAAUGAAACACCUACAUCUCAAACAUCCCGAUGAGUUCAGAUUCACAAGUCAGGGUAAAGCCCCUGUGAUAGAUAAUAUGGACGACAGUGAAACAUUCUACGAGAUGAGUGAGGGACUGUUUAACCUCGGAAUAACAGAGGAACAGCAGCUUUUCUUAUUUAGUGUCCUCGCUGCUGUACUGCACAUGGGCGAUAUUCAAUUCAAUGAAGAGAGAAAUGACAGUUGCUCAAUAAGCAAUGAUGAUAAAAGUUUGUUAAUAGCAGCAAAACUGAUGGGUUUAGAGGUGGCGCAACUUCAGAAAUGGCUCUGCCACAAGACGUUGAAAGCAAGAAAUGAGACCUUAGUCAUGACUUUGAAGAAAAAAGAUGCUUUCGCUGGCAUGGAAGCAUUUGUGAAACACAUCUAUGCUUCUCUCUUCCUUUGGAUUGUUAAACUUCUUAACGCUGCUCUCUCUAACGGAAAGAAAGAUGCUGUCAAUUUUAUCGGAAUCCUGGAUAUUUACGGAUUUGAAAUGUUUGAGGAGAACUCCUUCGAGCAGUUUUGCAUCAACUACGCGAACGAAAAACUGCAACAACAGUUCAACCAGCAUGUUUUCAAACUGGAGCAAGCAGAAUAUAUAAAGGAGCAAAUCAAAUGGAGCUUUAUUGAUUUUACUGAUAAUCAGCCCUGUAUUGAUCUAAUUGAAAAGAAGUUAGGAAUCAUUGAUCUGUUGGAUGAGCAGUGUAGAAUGAACCGUGGUACAGAUGAGAACUGGGUACAGAUUUUAUACAAAGAAUUGACAGAUAGCGAACAUUUUCAGAAACCUAAAACAGGUACUGAUCAGUUUGUGAUAGUGCACUACGCUGACAAAGUAUCGUAUCUUUGUCACGGUUUUAUUGCUAAAAACCUGGACUCUGUUAAUGAGUCCCAUAUUAACCUCUUGAAGAACAGCUCAUUUCAAUUCUUUACGGACGUUUUAAAUGCCAAAAUAGAUUUGGAUAAGAGAAACGCAAAGAAGUUGGAACUAGCGAACGAGGCACUGGGAGGUUCGGACCUCGGCAGCAUUACAUCCCCUAAAAGGGUGGCCACAAAGUCCCUGUCUCGCCGCGGCACAACACAAACCCUUUCUAAAACCAGGACUGUUGGAGCUCAGUUCAAAUCAUCCCUUAAUCUUCUCAUGGACGCUUUAACCACUACUGUGCCCCAUUUCAUCAGAUGUAUUAAACCCAACGAUGAUAAGGAACCUUUUGGGUUUGUACCAACACGAGUUGUACAGCAGCUACGAGCCUGUGGUGUUAUAGAAACAGUCCGUAUCUCCGCUGCUGGAUACCCCUCUCGGUGGAGCUACAAGGAGUUUGAGUCCAGGUAUAGUCUCCUGGUCCACUCUCGGAGGGUACGCAAGGGGGAGACUAUGGAUAAUUGUAGGGUUGUCAUCAGCUCCAUUGUCAGUGACAAGGACAAGUAUCAGUUCGGAAAGACUAAGAUUUUCUUCAGAGCCGGUCAAGUGGCGUACUUUGAGAAGCUCAGGUCAGAGAGGCUGUUCAGUGCGUGUGUCAUGGUGCAGGCCCGAGUGCGGGGCUGGCUGGCUGCCAAACGGUACAAUUCAGUCAGAGUAGCCACUAUCGCAGUGCAGUGUAUGGUGAGGAGAACCCUGGCCAGAAGGAAGGUACAGAAAAUGAGAGAAAACAGAGCAAGUAUUGUGAUACAGAAACAUGUCCGAGGCUGGGUACAGAGGAUUAAAUACAGGAGACUCCUCGUGUCUAUCCUCUUCAUACAGUCUGCUCAUCGUGCUCAAGUCGCUUAUAAGAACUUCCUCACUGUUAAAUAUGAACACAAUGCUAAAAUUAUUCAGAAACACGUGCGUGGAUGGUUGGCACGCUGCGCGUACAAACAGCACAUGCGGAAGAUUAUCCAGAUCCAGAGCUGUGUCAGACGGCACCUUGCCAAGAAGAAACUCAAAGCACUCAAGGUUGAAGCGAGAUCAAUUGGGCACUUCAAGAAACUCAACGUCAAACUGGAAAAGAGGAUAUUUGAAAUGCAGAUGAAGAGUAAGGAUAUGGUAAAGGAACGAAAUUCCGUCCUGGAGGAAACCAAGCAGAACCUCGAGGAACUUGCAGCUGUUAAGAAGAAACUCGGCGAGGAAUCGAGAUCAAGAGAAGAGCUUGAGAAGGAACUGUCCACCACCACAGACGAGUUGAAGGAUAUUCGACAGAACUAUCUGGCUAUGAAACUUGAAAUAGCAAGGAGAACUCGAGAGGAAGAGGAUAUUGAAGAGUUGAAGGCUCGAAUACAAGAACUAGAGACUGAAGUCAAGCAAUCCAAGGAGGAGACUGUGUCCGAGAGGAACAAUGGAGAAGAGAGGUACGCGGCACUAGAACGCAGUAUGAACGCCCAGAUAGAAGUAGAGAGAGAGCACCACCAGAACAUGCUGAUAGAGAACGGUAACCUUCAGAGACAGCUCCAGGAACUUCAGGAGUUGACGCACGGACAAUGGCAAGACUCAUCAGAUGACCGGGAUGAUUUGAGUAGUGUGAUGAGUGAUGUUCCGCCGGACAGUGGGGUCCUCUCCUCUGGCAUCACCUCCCCAGCUGUAGGGUUCCCACCACAUGACCCCAGGGCUAGGGUAGCUGACUUAGAGAAUAUCAGAGAGAAGUUAGAGGAGCAACUUGCCACUGCCAAUAAGGAUAAACGGUAUAAAGAGCAGGGAGUCCAAGCAGCUGUGUUAGCUAAAGAUUCCCCCGCCCAAUGCACGGUAGAGAUGAAAGAAAGCAUCUCCCAGUACACCAGACUCACUCAAUCAGACGCGUCGACUCAGGCCUCACGCGUGAGACAUCACGUUGCCACGCAACACUACCCCGAGGCCCGUGACAACCACACUGAAACAUGUUAUUUGUUUGAGAACGAGAUGAUGGACGCGAGUGAUGACAGUGCGAUCGACGUGGACUCUGAUCACGGACUUAGUUUCUCAGAGGUAGCGAUCCAGCACGAACAAGACACUGUCUCCAAACAAUCCCAGAUACAGCCUGAAACACAAGACAACGACGCUCAAGCGGAGAUAGAAGAUCCUGAACUACCAGCUCUACAAGAUCACAUCUCAGAACUUGAGACACAACGCCGAGAUAUAGACAAGAUACUGUCUCAAUUCUACAUUCCAGUCCAGUACACAGACUUCAACCCAGAUGUGGAUAUGUUACGAAACUAUCUGAACAACAUGAUAUCUGUAGAGGGAACAAGAAACGUGGCCCUUUAUCCAGGAGAUGAGAAGUUAGCUGAGGAUAACGGGUAUAUGACGGCCGCUAACAACAGCCCAGUAUCCAUGAUGACACGAAGUGACACUGCCUGCAAUGAUGAUGAGACUGACAACUUCUCCAGUUUCGAGACUGAGUCCCUAGGUCGGAAUAUUACCUCCGAGAAGAUGGGCCAGGAGGAACUCAGGAUUAAGCUUGACCUUGCGUACAAGACUAUAGCAGAGCUGAAGGAGACAGGAGCUUCAACUGGAGCGCCUAUUGUGGUGAAUGGUGGUGAUAAGAUCUUCCCUGUGGAUGAAAACGAAAGAGCGCGACUUGAGGAGAUAAUAAUAGAGAAUGUUGAGCUGAAGGAAAACCUCGACAGAAUGACAGACGAUUUGAUGGAUGCUAUAGACGAGCAGACCUUGAUGAGAACGAAAUACGAGCAGAUGGAACUAAAGUUAUCUAAUGUUAAGGAUUCUCUUUUGAGAGAAAUCGUCAAUACUCGGAAUCCUAGGCAAGCACAAGACAAGAUUAGAUCUCAUCUAGAUUCUCUGAGAGUUGAGCUCUUUAGUGAUGUUGCCAAAUUCAAUAAGAAUAACAUCAAGACUGAAGAAGACGCUGUGCUGCAAAGCAAAGUGGAGACUUUGGCAGGAGAAAACAUCAAACUUCUUGACGAUAUAAACAGACUUCAGAACGCCAUACCUUUCAUAUCCGGAAAUACGGAGAAGAAGUUGGAGAAGAAGUUAACUCGUCAGGAGUCUCUCUCCACAAUCCGAUCAAGGAAACAGGAGUUCAAGGGCAUGUUUGCCUGCAAGAAGGGAGACGAUAGCAAGCUGGUCAAACGGCUCAUAACACAACUCAAAACAGAACAUGUCACAGGACCAGGCUGCAUGUCGGGGCUAACUGCACACAUCAUGUUCAUGUGUGUCAGAUACGCGGAUCAUUGUAAUGAUGAGGGCAGGAUACAGGAACUCCUUACUGCUAUUAUAUCAGGUAUAACGUCAGUAACGAGAAAACAGAGUAGAGACCCUGUUAUAUCUACGUUCUGGUUAACUAACUGUCUCACUUUGCUUCACGAUCUAACUCAGUUCUCGGGCGAGGAGUUGUACCACAACCGUCUGAGCCCUGCAAUGAGAGACUUUGCUCUGAAGAACUACGACCUGUCCGACUACAGGCCCCUCCUCUCGGACCAAUGUAUCAACAUCUACCACACCAUUGUGAAGACGGCUCAGGAUGAGCUGCAGCCCAUGUUGAUACCGGGCAUGUUGGAGCACGACUCUAUCCCUGGCAUGAACAGUAGCUUCUCUGGGGGUCGAAAACAAACAGACAAGGGGUGCGACACCGGAGUGAUAGUGAACAGGCUCCAAUUCUACCUACAGUUAUUAAGUUCUCAGAGCAUCAGCAUCAACAUCGUCCGGCAGUUCAUCGGCCAACUCCUCUACUUUAUCAACGCUACUCUUCUUAAUAAUUUGAUACUUAGGAAGGAUCUCUGCCAUUGGAGCAAAGGAAUUCAGAUCAGGUACAAUCUAUCUCAAGUAGAGCAGUGGGUCCGAGAACAAGGGUUAGAUCUGGACGACAGUGGGGUCCUGACCUACCUCUCGGAGAUCCGUCAAGCGUCCCAGCUCCUCCAGAUGAACAAGUCAAGCGGAGACAACGCGGCCGCCAUCGUGGAGACCUGCUACUCCCUCAACACCAUGCAGCUACAGAAACUGUUGAUGCUCUACUCACCUAGAUCUGAGUUUGAGGAGAGAGUCCCUCAGGAUGUUAUCAAGUACAUAUUGAACCACAAGCCGAUAGAAAAGAGCCAGAAACUAAUGAUGGAUCCAAACAAACUGCACGCGUUGAAGUUCUCAUACGAAACACGUGACAUAGACUUCACCAUAGUAACCUUACCCUCCGGGCUCAAAGUGGACUUUUUAGAGAAGUAUUGACGAGAUGGUUCUGUCGAGUGGUUUUAAUAGCUCUUCUAUGAGGGAUUUUGUUGUCGUGAUAGAGAGUAUUUGAGCGGGUUAAUGUUUCUACAAAAGUGACGAAUCGAAAGAAUUGCGUUUACGAUCAGACCGAGGUGUUGCCUGACUUUUAAGGAAUUCUGAUCUCAGCCCCAAAAGAAGUUUUUUGACCUUUUCAGUAGGAACUUUUGUUUGCUAAUACCGAUACCACGCAAACAUUUAUUUGUUAAUAAGUUGAAUGGGUGGGUAGAAUGAUAAUGUACUCAUAACUGGUUUAUGCGUAUAACGAUUAACGAAUUGUAGUGAAGAUUGUAAAAUAAACUUUUAUUUAGAUUAUUUGUACAUUUAGGUGACUGUAAAUGAUGAUUUAAGUUUGGCAAUUUGAUAAUAAAUGUUGCUGUUGAAGUAUUGAAUAUUGUAUUUCAAACGAUUGUGUUAAGCUCAAACUUUGAACUACCCCUUUUUCGCCAUAUAUAAGCUUAUAAGCGUAUACCGAUACAACAACGAAAUACUUUCGAUUUAUUUUUAGAGCCUGAAACUAAAAUCAUGGACAGAUGUAUAAUGUGAUUUCAGUCAAAUCUUCAAAAGUCGUCUCACUUUUUUUACGAAAAAAUUUGAUAUUUCUAAGAUUUUAGGUUGAACUGAUGUUUUAUAUUUUUUGGUUCGCCUACAAAUAAGUUGUAAGUUUUCAAUUACUAAAUAUUUCGAAUAGAGUUUUCUAAUGAGUAAAUUAGAUCUAGAAUUUCUUGUAAUCUUGAAUCUUGAGUGAAAUUGUAUCGCUUUAAAUGACCAUUUUUAUCACAUUUUAUUUGCAGAAUGGCUUUUUUUAUUGCUCAGAUAUCAUUACUCAAUUGUG